AACCUGCAAGGAGUGGCUGCUGCUUGUACCCUGCUGCAAGACACCCUGCUCGCCCCUGCAGCCGCACACCUGGAGUGGUAAAGUCGGAUUGGAUCACAGAAGGAAGUGUUUCGAUCUUGUGGAGUUGACACAAGAUGAAAUGGUGACUCUCCAAGAAUCAAACGUCUUGUAUGAGGCCUAGAAGAUAGUGAGAGCGCCCUCCUUAUGCCGAAAUGACCGCAAGACAACGCAGCCCUCGCCAUGCGGCCAGGCCUCAUUCUACCAUUGAUGUCACCUCUGAAAUGUUAGGUUUGUCACUGGCAGGGAAUUUCCAAGAUCCAGAUGAACCAAUUUUGGAGUUUAGUUUGGCAUGCAGCGAGCUUACUACUCCAUCACUUGAACGGAAGCCGAAUAGUUUUGUGGCUGUUAGUGUCACAACCCCUCCUCAGGCUUUCUGGACAAAGCAUGCACAGACAGAGAUCAUAGAGGGAACAAGUAAUCCUAUCUUUCUUAGCAGCAUUGCCUUCUUCCAGGACUCUCUUAUUAAUCAGAUGACCCAGAUUAAGCUGUCUGUGUAUGAUGUCAAGGACAGAUCUCAGGGAACUAUGUACUUGCUGGGCUCAGGAAAGUUUAUUGUGAAAGAUUUGCUGCAAGAGACAAGCCACAGGUUACACUUGCCUUUAUGGUCUGCUGAGCAACAACGUGUUGGUAAUAUUACAGUAAUAGGCUGGCAAAUGGAGGAAAAAGUUGAUCAGCAAGCACCAGUGUCCAGAUCAUCAGAUACUAUUAAUGGGAGAACUGUAAUUCCCGUUGAUGAAAGUUUAACAGAAUCUUUAGGAAUUCGCUCAAAAUAUGCAUCACUAAGAAAAGAUACACUGUUAAAAUCUGUCUUUGGUGGUGCAAUCUGCCGCAUGUACCGCUUUCCUACAACAGAUGGAAACCACCUACGUAUAUUGGAACAAAUGGCUGAGAGUGUCCUCUGCUUGCACAUACCUAGGCAAUUUGUAAAACUCCUGCUUGAAGAAGAUGCAGCACGAGUUUGUGAACUGGAAGAAUUGGGUGAACUGUCUCCAUGCUGGGAGAAUCUGCGUCGACAGAUAGUAACUCAGUAUCAGACGAUCAUUCUAACAUACCAGGAUAAUCUGACUAAUCUGCAUCAGUACAAAGGUGUUUCUUUUAAAGCAAGUAGUCUAAAAGCAGACAAGAAGCUAGAAUUUGUUCCUACCAAUUUACACAUCCAAAGAAUGAGAGUUCAAGAUGAGUCCACAUCAGAUCAGAACUAUGAUAUAGUGACUAUAGGAGCACCGGCUGCACAUUGCCAAGGUUUCAAAUCUGGUGGAUUGCGGAAAAUAUUACACAAGUUUGAAGAAGCAAAAAAAAACAGUUUUGAGGAAAGUUGCACCACAGCUUGCCCCCAGUCCAUUGUUUACAUACCACAAGAUAUUGUUCGAGCCAAGGAGAUUAUCGCCCAUAUUAAUACUCUGAAGACACAGGUCAGUUAUUAUGCUGAGAGGCUCUCCAGAGCAGCAAAGGACCGAUCGGCCAAUGGUAUUGAGAGGACGCUUGCCAUUUUAGCAGAUAAGACAAGACAGCUAGUCACAGUAUGUGACUGCAAACUGUUAGCCAAUGCAAUACAUGGACUUAAUGCUGCCCGCCCAGACUACAUAGCCUCCAAAGCCUCUCCUACAUCAGGGGAGGCAGACCAAGUUGUUCUGAAGAAUGACCAGGAUACUCUGGUGGCACGGUGGACUGGAAGAAACAGUAGGUCAUCACUACAUGUGGAUUGGCAUGAGGAGGAAUGGGAGAAAGUGUGGUCAAAUGUUGAGAAGAGCCUGGAGUGUAUUAUCCAGAGGGUAGACAAGCUUCUCCAGAAAGAGCGUUUACAUAGUGACAGCUGUGAAGAUGUCUUCCAAUGUGAGAUAAGCUGUACUAGCAAGAAAGGUAAUGAGAGACGGCGAGCAUAUUGGAUAAACCCAGAGGCCUCAGAUGACGAGGCCGUGUUAUCAUCUACAUCAUCUCCAUCCCAUCCUGCAUGCCAUCCUUCCCAGUUGACAAAGAGCAGCUCGGGUGCCGAAGAACCAGGACCAGGGGAAUGGAGUGAGGCCCUUUACCCCUUAUUGAGUACACUGACAGACUGUGUGGCCAUGAUGAGCGAUAAAGCAAAGAAAGCCAUGGUCUUUUUAUUAAUGCAGGACAGCGCUCCAACAAUCGCCCUGUGCUUGAGUCUCCAGUACCGCAGAGAUGUUGUCUUCUGUCAGACGUUAACAGCCCUGAUCUGUGGUUUCAUUAUCAAGCUGAGGAACUGUCUGAAUGAAGAUGGUUUUCUGCGCCAGUUAUACACUAUUGGCCUCUUGGCGCAGUUUGAGAGUCUUCUCAGCACUUAUGGGGAAGAGCUGGCCAUGUUGGAAGAUAUGAGUCUGGGUAUCAUGGAUUUGAGGAAUGUGACCUUCAAAGUCACGCAGGCUAUAUCAAACUCCUCCACUGAUAUGCUGCCGGUAAUAACAGGAAAUCGGGAUGGAUUUAAUGUUCGCAUCCCAUUGCCGAGCGCUUUGUUUGAUGCCCUUCCUCGUGAGAUUCAAAGUGGAAUGCUGCUAAGGGUUCAACCCGUCUUAUUUAACGUUGGGAUCAAUGAACAACAGACACUGGCAGAAAAGUUUGGAGAUACAUCGCUGCAGGAAGUUAUAAACAUUGAAAGCUUGGUCCGACUUAAUUCUUACUAUGAGCAGUUCAAAGAAGUCUUGCCGGAAGACUGCCUUCCACGGUCUCGGAGUCAAACGUGUCUCCCUGAGCUUCUCCGGUUCCUUGGACAGAAUGUCCAUGCAAGGAAGAACAAAAAUGUUGACAUCCUUUGGCAAGCUGCAGAGAUUUGUAGGCGACUCAAUGGUGUUCGAUUUACAAGCUGCAAGAGUGCUAAGGACCGCACUGCUAUGUCAGUGACAUUGGAGCAAUGUUUGAUUCUGCAACAUGAGCAUGGAAUGGCCCCACAGGUUUUUACACAAGCACUGGAGUGCAUGCGCAGCAUUGGAACUCGAGAACUAGUCACCCAGAAGAACUUGAGUGGCUUGGUUCCGAUCCGAGAUUUAAGGCUGGACCCCAGCCUCCUCUACUCUAUCCCAUUGUUAGCCUUCAGCCCAAAUUUGCUUAUAGUGUGGCUGUUCCUCAGUAUUGCAUACUUGGUUUCCAGAUUUCGUUGCAAAUGAAGACGAGGCGGAAACAUUUAUGCCUGGAAACACACAGUCCUGCGGAGACAAUUUCUCACACUAUUGACUGAGCUAUGUCCUAUAUUAUGCCUUACAGUUUUCAUUUUACAUUGGGAACUUUUCUAAAUCUGGGGCAGUUCAUUUGUACUGGGCAGGCCAUGCUUGUACAUAGAUAUUCACAUUCUGCUUACAACUUACCUCAUGUCCUUGAUGCUGCUUUGUACCUAUAGUACCGUACAUACAAAUGGCACUAUGUAGCUUAUCUACCAACCUUCAGUAUUCUAUUGAAUUUUAUACUAUUCAUGCUGUUUUCAUGACAUACUUUAUAAGAUAUAAGUAUCCAACAUUCCCUUCUUCAUUGGCCAGCCAUAGUUGCUGGUCUUACCUAAAUAUCAUGUUUUGGCAGCAUGGUGGUAGCUGCAUAUUUGCUUUCCCAAUUGGUUGAUCAAUAUAUAGUUUGACAACUUUUCAGAUGCAUGCACUUUUAAAAUCUAUAUUUUUAUGUAUAUUUUUGAAGCAAGAAAAAAAAAAAAAACAAUCUUCCUCACCUGCUGCCCAUUGUGCUUCCAUGUUUAAAUAGUAUAUAGACAUAGUCUUGCAAUAUAGCUCAUGCACCUUCUAUAUUUUUCAUUACUCCAGACACCUGUGCUUUUUGGAAGUAAUAUGGAUGUCUAAGGCCAUAGUUAGCUCCAGAGAAGUGCCUUUUGCACAGAACUGCCCAAUAUCAAGUUUGCAUUUGAAUUAUUUAAUAUUCUAUGCCUCCAUUUAGUUUUUUUAUAAUGGUCCUGUAGUAACCAUUUUUACUAUUGCAUUCUACUGUGUGUAACAUUAAGCAUGCAUUAUUUUAUUCUGUUUAUGACUUUGUAUUCCACAUGUUAGACCAGAUCUGUUCGUGCAAUCGGUUAUACAGAGCUAGGUGUUAGUUUAUGGAAACCAUUCGUUACUCACAUGGGAUUGGAUGUUGUUUUACGGCCAUGUAUUUGUAUUGUUUAAUAUUCCAUCCCAUCAUCUUUAGCUUUACUCCAGAUUUAUCAGGCUUUUAUCUUUGAUAUUAUGGAAGAAAUGAAAACUUGUAUGUUAUUUGUCUUCACAAGGUGGAAAGACUGCAGAAAAUGUAUAGGGUUCUGUACGUUGCAAACAUGGAGUAAUGAAAGGGCAAGGGGGUAAAAUGGCAUAGGGGUACUCAUUUUAAAAGCUGGGACAAAAUGUUUUGCGAAAGCUGGUGGGAUGGGACACACAUGGAGUGGUCAGGGGUGGAACAGACACCUUGGUGUGGGUGGUAAUGGUCAGAAAUCCUUUUAAAUGAAUGAAAGCAAAGCUUGUGUUUGCUCAAUGCCCAUCAGUCCAAUUUCUGCUUCACUUGUAUUCUGUGUAUUUCUGACUUUUUAGUAUUAUGCAACAUAUUCUUCAUGUUAUUAUUUAUUAAACAAGUGUAGACAUUAGUAGUUUUUAGUGAGAAAGAUAAAGGACUUGCCAAGACCUUUAUGAUGUGAUAAUAAUUAUGCCAUUCGCAAGUUAUGGCUACGUACAUAUCAUAGACCUAAGCUUGAAGAGAUAGCGCCACGGUAUUCUAGCUUAUUACUUAUAUAUGCUUAUUGAACAUCUUUACUAUGCUUUACUUUAAAUAUGAAAAAAUUGUAGAACUUACACUUGAAUAAGUGAAUUAAAAUCCAAUUUUUAUUGUAUCCAGGUUGUUAAUAUAUAACAUGGAGCUCUGCAGACAGGUUCUGCCAAUGUAAACAAAUGGAGCUUAGGGUUCAAUAAUAUUUCACCACUGUGCACUAUAUAUAUUCAGUAUAUGCAUUGUCACUAUAUCUCAAAGGAUUAUAAUAUCUGAUACAGCACUACAAUUAUUUCAUGCAGUUUCUAACUGUUGGUGCAACCGACAUGUCGGAACGCACUCCUGUACAUUACAGUCAGCUACCUCAACCUUCGACAGUUUCUACAUAUCAUUA